GCCUUUUUUUGAUGACAUUUUCUAUGCCGUGUGGGACUCCAAACAGGCGAUCCAUGAGGGAGCAGUAUCUGCACUCAGAGCCUGUCUAAUCCUCACUACCCAGAGAGAGACCAAAGAGAUGCAGAAACCACAGUGGUACAAGCAAACAUUUGAGGAAGCCGAGAAGGGUUUUGAUGAGACUCUGGCUUAAGAGAAAGGCAUGUCCAUGGAGCUCUACUGAUUCUCAAUGAACUGGUGGGUUCAACUGGAAGUGGAAGUUUUCAACUGGAAGUGGCACUGUGCAGACAGAUCAGUGUUUGACGUUCAAGGUUUGCCAUUGGGUGCUGAAAUACAGGACCAGUAAGUAUCUGCUCAAUCAGAUGACUAUCCUAAACUUACUGCCCCGACUUGCUGCCUUCCAGCCUCACACUUUCACUGGUACACUGACUCGUGAUUAAAUCCCAGCCUUACUUCCAAAGCUGAUGUUUGACCAUUUCAAUUAUUAUAUAUGUUUCCAGUUCAGUGACAUUCAGAUAUUAAUUAUUGCUUAAGUUUUCAAAUACAUUGUGGGCCCAAUUUUUUUUACCUCUUUUUUACUUUUUUUACUAUGUUAUUAAUAUGUUAUAUUUAACAUGUAUAAAAUCAGAUUAUUUUGUCAACUCUUAGUAAUAAGACAAUUUGUUUGCCUGUCUGCUUUUUGUCAGAGCCAAGUAACAUGAUCAAAUAAUAAUAUAAAAUUUAGCUUAUAUGUGUUAUCCAGUCAUCCAAUCAGAUUUUAAAACUAUCCAAGUGUUGCUACUGUUUCACUACUAAUGAAAUCUUAAGAAUGUUUGAUUUUCUUCUCUUUUUUUUUUGCCCUCUGUCUCAUGUUUUGUAAUCUUUUAGGAGGCAGAAGACCAUGCAGGUGGAUGCUACUGUGUUUACUUGUAUUAUUAUGCUCUCCAGAGCUAUGGGGCCUAGCAUUCAACAGGAUGUCAAAGAACUUCUUGAGCCCAUGUUAGCUGUUGGUCUCAGUCCUGCUCUGACCACAGUACUAUACGAUCUGAGCAGGCAGAUCCUACAGCUGAAGAAGGACAUUCAGGAUGGGCUGCUAAAAAUGCCUUCUCUUGUGCUCAUGCACAAGCCUCUGCGUCACCCAGGUAUGCCCCAAAGGCCUGGCAUCACCCAGCCUGACCAAUAUCCCUGAGACUAGUGACGUGGGAAGCAUCACUUUGGCACUGUGUAUUCUUGGCAGCUUUGAAUUUGAAGACCCUGAGAUUCGAUUACUGUGUGCUGGCCUCCAGGGACGAGCGCUUUGAUGCCCACCUGGCACAAGCAGAGAGCCUCCAAGCUCUAUUUGUGGCACUUAAUGAUGAAGUGUUUGAGAUCCGUGAACUGGCCAUCUGCACUAUCAGUCAUCUCAGCAGUAUAAACCCUGCAUUUGUUAUGCCCUUUCUGCGCAAGAUGCUCAUUCAGACACACUGCCGCUCGGCCCUCCACCAGCUGGGUAGACCCUUCCGCAAUGCCUGGUGGCGCCACUGGAUAGCCCUUGGUGGACGGCCCGGCACUCCUCCGCCCCUCAGUGGGCGGCGAUGGCUCCUCCGAGUUCGGGCAGCCGGCAGGAAUCCCCCGUUCCCUGCUCCUCCCCAACAUGGCGGAUGGCAGCAGGCUCCGGCCUCAGGCGAAUGGCGGCGACUCCUCCACUCCCUCAUGGACGGCAGCCAUCCCUCUCCAUCCCAGGCGGCCGGCAGCAAGUUCAUCUGUCCCCCCCCGUCAACUCACUCCAGCCCACUGCCUCGAGCAGUCAUGGCGGCAGACUGCUCCGCCAUGCUCGAUGGCACUGCGGAUUAACCACAGCAGCGAGGGAUCUCUGGCAGUGUGUCCCUCCUUCCUCCCGGGUUUCGGCACCAAUGUAACAAACAUUCGUAAUCACGGGAAGAAGGAGGCGGGAGCCGGCAAUCGUGGAUGACUGUCAUUCACAAACAGAAACAAAACACAAAUAAAGUCCAGGCCUGGUCCUCUCUCGUCUUCGACUGCUGUCUCUCAUUCAUUUAUCCUUCCGGAGCCCCUCCGUGGGACUCGAGACCGGCCCUCAUCUUGAAGCUGAAAGAUCCCAAUCCAAACCCUGGAGUCGUUAUCAGUGUUUUAGCUACUAUUGGAGAACUUGCUCAGGUGGCACUUUGGACUCUGGGUCAACAAGUAGCCAGCACUGGGUAUGUGGUGGAGCCAUACAGGAAGUAUCCGUCUCUACUGGAGGUGCUACUCAACUUCCUGAAGACAGAACAAAACCAGGGGAUUAGGAGAGAGGCCAUACGUGUGUUAGGUCAACUUGGAGCUCUGGAUCCCUACAAACACAAGGUGAACAUCGGUAUGAUUGACCAGUCUUGUGAUGCUUCAGCUGUCAGCCUCUUUCCAAGUCCAGCCAGGAUUCAGUUUCUUUUCCAGCAGAUGGGUAUGGUUGUGUGCUUUGUCAAGAUCCACAUCCAGCCAUACAUGGAUGAUAUCUUCACACUGAUCCGGCCUGAAAUGGGUACCUCAAAACCCAAAUAAAACUGCUGGCAGGUCCUUGUGUCUUUGACACUUUGUCCUUUUGUGGCUCUCUUAGUACUCAACCAGCAGAGAAUAUUGGCUGCUUUAUGAAGGUGCUUAAUUCACUCUUUCCGCUUGCAUCAUCA